CUCUACAUUAUCACCACUGGUUCCCCCCAUCAACCAUGGCUUGUAGCAAGUAUGAAUAUGUCAAGUUGUUUGAACAAAACAUUACCCUCCUCCCAAAUACCUGGCUUGUUGUCCGAGUCGACGGUCACAGCUUUCACCGGUUUACCUCAGAACACGAUUUUGCAAAGCCAAACGACAUUCGCUCCUUACAACUCAUGAACUAUGCGGCCCAGCGCUGCAUGCAAGAAAUGCAGGACAUUGUUCUCGCCUAUGGUCAAUCAGACGAAUUCAGCUUUGUGUUUCGCCGAUCCACAAACUUGUAUAAGCGUCGAGAGGCAAAGAUCACGAGCACCUUGUGCAGUUUAUUUACUUCCAAUUUUAUCUUUCAUUGGAAACGAUUUUUUGCGGAUCUGGAGCUCAAGUAUCCACCAUCCUUUGACGCCCGCGCGGUAUGUUAUCCAACGGAUCAGAAUUUGAGAGAUUAUAUGAGCUGGAGGCAAGCGGAUUGUCAUAUCAACAACUUGUACAAUACUGCGUUCUGGUCCUUGGUUCAAGAUACAAGCAAUCCACGAACAGAAAGAGAAGCUCAAGCCAUCCUGAAGGAUACGGAUUCCGCAGCUAAAAAUGAGCUUCUUUUCACUCAGUAUGGGAUCAACUAUAACAAGCUCCCAGAAAUUUUUCGCAAGGGCUCGACUCUUUUCCGCCGACUAAGUGAAGUGGCGGCGUCGACACGAGAUGGUACUUCGGAAGUCAAGAGAACCAAGAACCUAGUCGUAGUAGAACAUGGCGAUAUCAUAGGAGACAAGUUUUGGCAGGAGAAUCCACAGAUUUUAUCAAUAUGAUUGAUAGUAGCAGAUAGUUUGUAUAUAGUAUAUGUACAUGUGGCAUGGUCGACAUCUCGAUUGUGUCUAAGAGAUUAGAUUGAAAAUGGCA